AUGGUUGUCAGAAAGUCUGUUUCCUUCCUCUUUUUCCUCACGGUUAUGCCCUGGAUGGGUGCACCAUUUUGCCUGGAAUACUCAGAAAUUUGGAAGUUGGACUGCUCUGGAGGGAACUUGGACCAUAUACCGUACAGCAAGGUAAUGUCAUGGGUGUGGGCAGCCGAUUUCAGCCACAACAACUUCACGGUACUGAACACGACGGAGCUUCUGGUGUUGUUUCCAAAUCUCGUCCGGUUAGACCUAAGGGACAAUCCCUUAAAGUGCCCUCCUGCGACCGUAGUAGAAAUCCUUAGCGACGGUCCGCCCACAAUCUCGUCGGUCACAUUCUCUCCAGCUACAAUAUCUUUGCCUACAGCGCAAAUAAAUGGUUCUACAGAGUACUCCCCCAUCACUAUCACAGCUUUCCCUAUGGCCAACAUAUCCACAACAGCUACUUCCGGCAACGGGAAGUCCAACCUGUAUUUAUUUAUAGUCAUUCCUGUGUGUACCGUCGUUUGUAUUGUUCUCGUCUGUCUCCUGCCUGCUUGCCUAACAAAGCGUCGCCGUCGCCCUUCCAACAGCAUCCGCAUGGAAAAACUAUUUUCAAUUGCCUCAUCUGACAUUGACAGUGAGAGUGAAAGCAGCUUAUAACUUCCAGCCCGUGUGCUUAAUAUUAAUAUUUUGUUUGUAAUAGGAUUCUAAAGUCAUUGUAAACAUUGCCCGAAUUCGAAUUCUUUCCAGACAAAUACGCUUUGAAGCACAGCGAUCCAGAAUAGUGAUGAAUACUCAGACAGUACAUCAUAUUUAAAAAUAUAACAGUUCAAAAUGUAAACAAACUGAUUAACUGCAUAGUUUAAAUUAGCAGAAAUCUCAUUAGCGUGUCAGGCCCCAUUCCCAGAGCAUACCCGCAAACGGGCAUGCUCUGGGAACGAGAUUGUAGCGCCUGUCAAAACGCACACGAUGACUUCCUGUCGAUUUAUCAUAUCAUGCAAAACUGACAAGUUCAGUAAAUAAACCGCCAGAACGGCUAAUGAGACUUCUAUUCUAUCAUGUGUACAUGUGUACUGAAAUCUCAUGAUGGAGAAAACCGAUAGCCUGUACAUGAAACGUGUGCUUUAUUAUGAAUUAUCAAGUGUCAAAACAUUUCCUUUCACGUUAACAAAACUACUUGUACAUAUUACUAUUUUCGUACCGUUCGUUCUAGUCUUAUAUGGACUAAAUCGACAGUUAUUACAUGUAAUUCCUACGAUACUAUAAGAUCUACUAGAGCUAACGUAAUUUCAAAACAAAACAAAUUUAAAUGUGUGCUUUCUUAUAAUCAUAGCGAAGUGUCGAGCGAUACUUCCGUGCUCCCGUUACCCCGUUCUAAGCGUCCUAAGCCUAUUAGUUCUAUUUCAGAGGGAUGCUGAUGCAUUGCUACCCUUCUGUUACGACGCCUUGCCAGCCAUCGUUUAUACAGCAGAUAGCUUCCGCACAAACACAAUAGAAGCAAAAAUCCCAAUAACGGACCCAAUGUGACGUACAAUAAAAAUAGCUCCAGUCCCCUGGAUGCCGGAUUAUCCAGGUGUCCAGCCACUGACGACGCCCUUACGGUUGUUACGAAUGUAGGCGCCUUUGUAACCAGCGCUGAAGGUGUACCAAAUACCGAACUACUGUGUCCAGAGAAAGAUGGAGUUGCCGAAGACCGCAGCUCUAAACGGGAUGCCGGACUGUUCGGUUGUCUAUUCACUGACGAUGUCCCUACGGAGACAGCAAAAACAGAACGGGAUACCGUAAAAGAUGCGUCAUAUACCAAACUACCGUGUCCGGAAAAAGGCGGAGUUGCCGAAGACCGCAGCUCUAAAAGGGAUGCCGAACUGUUCAGUUGUCUAUUCACUGACGAUGUCCCUACGGAGACAGCAAAAACAGAACGGGAUACCGUACAGAACGUGCCAAACACCGAACUACUGUGUCGAGAAAAAGAUAGGAAAACACAAUCGCUCCUAACGCGUACCCCUGAAUCCUGA